AUGUCGGAAGAAGAGGCUGCUGCUGCCGCUCUCCGCUGGAAUAACAAUGUGUCUGUAGCAGCUAUCGCCCUGAUAUCCUAUGAGUACCUUCUUCUGUUCAGCAAGGAGAUUGAGUAUGUUUGGAAAAGACCGUGGUCGUUGAUGUCAUGCUUGUACCUUGUUGUUCGAUAUUUUGGGCUUUUCCUAGCAAUGGUGUGCGCCUGCUGGGGAGGUCUGUUGUAUAUACCUGAAUCAGUGAGCAUACGCCUUCUACCGUUCAAGAACUUUUACUCAAUACAUCUCUCAGCCGUACGUUACCAAUUCAUUUCACAUCGAACUAAACCCCACCACUUGUCCUCUUAUCUAGCUGUACGCUACGAUCUUAUCGUUUUGAUUGAAUGGGGGUUUUCGGUGUAUUUCUUCUUUGCAGAAGUUAUUCUCAUCUGGCGUCUUUAUGCCAUAUGCAACCAAUCCAAGCUCGUACUUCAUGUUCUGGUGGGAUUGUUCUUGCCUAUCGUUGCCCUCUCGAUAGGGACAGACAUCUAUUUGUACAGUCGACGCCAAGUGUUCUCUGUGAAAGAGAUAAUGACUCUGAACACCAAGUACUGCACUCUUUCCUUCAACACAGGACCUAUGCUUGCGAUUUAUACUUCUAUCCCCAUCAUGUGCUAUGAUAUCUUGCUCGUCGUUCUCGCGGUCAUCACCCUCGUGAAACAUUAUAUAGAACAGAGGAGGAUCAAAAUGAAGCCUAAUACCUACAUGGUAAUGAUUGUCCGGUAUCAUAUCAUGUACUUUGUCCUGAAUCUGACAAAUCAACUCUUACUAGUGAUAUUAUGGGCUGACAUUCCAACGCCAGCCAUGAGUCUCUCAGAACUCUUCAACGGUACAGCGCCCUUUAUUCUUGCGCCUCGUCUUAUCAUCAGCAUUUGGGAUACGCAUGCCAAUGAGGAAUGCGUACAUGUCAGCACGACGUUCGCCGAUUGUGUAUGCUGGACUUCGCCACCGAACUUUGAGGAGCAGGAGAUGAGUCCUUGCGUGGAGCAUCCUGAGUCCACGUUUAGCAUAGAGACGGAGGGCAUCGAGGCAGAGACUGCGUGA